AUGAGCGCUUCCGACUUUGACCUCUCACCAAGUUGUCGCAUUCUGGACAAGUUCAUACACUUUUCCUACCAUCAUCCUUUGAGACUGGAUGAAACUGAAGGCUUGGGGGAUCUUGAAAGAAUCGUGAGCUACCAGUUUGCUCGUUUUUUGUCAACUCUGAGUUUUUUUGGAAGCAACAGAGCAUUGAUGCCUCCCUGGACCUUGCAACUGUCUCUUAAAAUUCAGCUUCAAUUUACAGGGCCUGAUACCUUUAGUUCGAUGUCGUGGAAUAUGAAUGCCAUCUACAGAUACAGAGUGACGAUUCUGAUGAACUUCGCUGCUUUUCAACCAGUCAGUCUGACCCAGUUUAACACAUUGGUGUACGAGUGCAUUAUCCAAGAUGUGGAUCUGGAAAAAUUCAAGAAGUCGGCUUACAUCCACUUGAAAUCGGUUUUGCAAUCGCUCUCUAUCAGAGUAAAGGUUAGUCCUAUGUAA